UUUUGAUAUGGAAAACAACUUCUUAAAAUCAAUCAUUACAGAAAUCUUACCAAAUACAAAGAGAAUGCUAGAAAGAAAGUAAAAGUAAUUGGAGGAAGAAGAGAAAAAAAAAGAGAGGUAUAAUUAUAAUUGAU